CUUUGACAGUCAAAAGUAGCACUGUGACACACAGAUGUAGAAGUAGAACUUCUCCUGACAUCCUGUUUCUGUCCCCAACCAUGUCGACUUCGCUGCUUCUGUUUCUCUGUCUGGUCGGACAUGUGUUUGCCAAAAAGCCUCCAGAUGUGGAUUGUUUGGUGGUGCAUCUGCAACAUGUUCAGUGUUCCUGGAAUCAACAGGGGUCUCCAGAAGUCAAUUACACCUUCUCCAGCUGGUUCCAUCAUGAAAAGGAAAAGGAGUGCGCCACCUAUCUGUCAGAGAAUGGUGUGAUCACUGGAUGCUACCAGCCCUAUCAGGAAACCAAAAGAUUCAACUCAUUUUACACCAAACUAGUCCAUGGCAACAAAACUUUUCUCAAGACACAUGAACUCAAAAAUAAAGUCAAGUUAAAUCCACCAAUCAACCUGACUGUGAAGAAUGGAUCUGACUUCAACCUGUGGUUUUACUGGAACCAGACUAAAUCCCAGUGUGUGGAGAGUGAAGUCCGCUACAAGAUAAACGACAGGACGGAGCAGCGUUUUCCGGUCAGUAAUGGGGUUCAGAGCUACUGCAUCAACUUGCCCUCCAGUUCCUCCCGAUAUGAGCUGCAAGUGCGGAGCAGAGUGGAUGACACCUGUGGACAGUCUAUCUUCUGGAGCGACUGGAGUGAGCCUGUGGUCUGGGGAUCCAACAAUGGCACAGACACAAAUAGACCUUCGUCUAUGUCUGUGUGGACACCAGUGUUGUAUGCGGUGGGCGCCCUCACUCUCAUCCUACUGGUCAUCAUAUUACUGCACCAUGAAAGGUUCAGAAUCAUCAUCAUCCCUGUGAUUCCCAAGCCAUCGCUGAUCCCUAAAGACAUCGAGGGUUGGAUUCAUUCGUCCAAAGGCCUGAAAGAGAGUUUUAAAGCGAACUACAAUGAGCGUGCCUGCCCUGUCCGUGAGUACUGCACCGUCUCCCAGUCGGACAGCGAGAGCUCCGGCAGCUCCACUUCUUCUGUCAACACCGACCAAACCGAUUCGUCUUCUCCAUCUCUGUGAAUGAACCAGAAGAGCCAUCUACUGCCUUUUUAUGUUCCACCUUUGCAAUCUAACCUGAGGAGGAGCAACAAGGUUCUGUUUAGGCGUUUAGGAGGCGACUGAAUAAAGGCUGAGCUAUAUAUGCAAUUUAUACAUUUCCACAGUGAAACAUGGUGGAGAUUCCAUUAUGGUAUAGAGUUCCAUUCAUGUAAAUGACAUGGGCAGAUUAGUUAAAGUCAAUGGUAUCAUGAACAAGAAGGUCUACCACAACAUCUUGGUGCAUCAUGGAAUCCCCUCUGGACUGAACCUGAUUGGUUGUGGGUUCAAAUACCAAGAAGACAAUGACCCCAAACAUACUUCAAAGCUGUGCAGAGACUGCUGGACCAAGAAAAACAAAUCUGGUGUUCUGGAACUGAUGGACUGGCCAAGUCAAAGUCCAGAUCUGAAUCCUAUUGAACAGAUCUGGGAUUUAUUGAAUUCAAAAAUAGACUGUACAAAAGUUUCAUCCAAAGCAAGUCUUUGGGAACAAGUAGAAAUUGUUUGGAACUCAAUAACAAAAGAGACUGUCGAAAAGUACAUAAAAACAGUGUCAGCAAGAAUGUAAGGUGUCAUCAGGGCCAAAGGAGGUCAUCUGAAAUAUUAAGAUUUUUGGUUACCUAAUGAAUAGAAAUUAUUUAGACAUAGGUUUUUUCACGUUAAUGACAGAUGGCCUAAUAAGCUUAAGCACUAUAUAUAAACAUACAUACAUACAUAUACAUUUGUAUGUGUGUGUGUGUGUGUGUGUGUGUGCGUGUGCGUGUGCGUAUUUGCGCCUUGAAAUGCUUUUGACAGUGUUCACGAAGUUGCUCUCAUACAGGUAUAUGAUUAUUUUAUGUGUUUCUUAACAGCUGCUUUGAGACACCAACAUGUACUCAGAAUAUUCACUUUAUCAACGGUCAGUUGAUUUCAUUUCACUAGUUCAACAGAACCAGUCAACAGUGAAGUGUCAUGGAGACAAAUAUGAGAAUAGAUUAUACAUUAAAAUAACAUUAGGGUUCAGACUUAAGUGUGUAUGAGGACAAUAGCAUCUUAUAAACUGAAUUUGAUUUGAAACUCCUGUUCGAAAUAAGGAAUGUAACUUGUUCUUAGACCAAAGUCACAUAAAAAAAUUCUGUAUCAGCAAACCAGAAAAAGGACUUAAUUCUCCAGAACAGUGUGAUGCAAUCGUUGAAAAGAAAGAAAAAACUGACUUCCUAUGUUUUUGUUCCAGUUGGAUGUUUUUUUCUGUGUCAGCAACCAUGACAUGUUACUCAUCUCCUUAAAAUGAACUUGGUGAUAAGCUGAUGAUUUGUUUUGAAAUACUGUAUAUUUUAAACUUAUUUAACCUUUUACAAAACAUGUAAUAAAAUACAUCCAAAUGCAUAAA